GUUUGUAGCUUUAGGUCGUGUUGAGAGUUCAGUACGUGAAUCUUUGCAUGAUCGCAGCGUGAAGCAACAAACACACUCAGACAGAGGUAGAGGAGGAGAGAGAGGGGGAGACAGAGAGAGAGAGAAAGAUAGAGAGAGAGAGAGAGAGUUAGGGGCUUUUCUUUUUACGCGGAUGUUUUCAAGCAGCGUGUAGGAGGAUCAGCUGGGCUUCAGUUUUUAGAGCUGAGCCUGAGCAAAAAAAAAGUUAAAACAAACAAACUAAACUAACACAGAUGCAACAGAAAGUGGAUUAUUAACUGGAGGUAAUAUGAUUUUGAGGAAACUUCAACCAGGAGCCUACAGAGCCUGGCUGUGUCGGGUGUCUUGGAGGCAGGAGCUGUGUUUCUUCUCCUCCGUGCCCUCCCAGCCGGUUCCCCCUCUGGCUGAGACCCUGCAUGGCUACUUGAAGACCUUGGAGCCCCUGCUGCCCCCCGAGGAGUUCAGACACACCCGCAGGAUGGUGCAGGAGUUCGGCAGGCCCAGCGGUCUUGGUGCACGGCUGCAAGACGGGCUGGAGAAGAGAGCCAGACACUCCAAGAACUGGAUCUCAGACUGGUGGGUGCAGCAUGAGUACUUGGAGAGCAGACAGCCGCUGCCCGUGCACUCGAACCCGGCCAUCUCUUUGCCCAGAAGAGAUUAUAAUGACUGGAGGGCCCAGCUGGUGUUCGCAUCCAAACUGAUAGCAGCUGUGCUCGAUUUCAAGGCCAAAAUCAAAACCGGCCAGCUGCCAGUCGAGCACAUGCGAGAGAAGCCUCUGUGUAUGGAGCUCUACCCGCUCCUCUUCUCCUCCUGCAGGAUCCCAGGUCCCAAACACGAUUACAUUAGUCACCAUGGCAACUCUCGGCGGUCGCCAACACACAUCACAGUGGUCAGAAACUACCAGUUCUUCCAGCUGGAGGUUUACAACAGCGACGGCUCUCGAAUGACCGAGAGUCAGAUCCACUCACAGCUGCUGAGGAUCAGGUCUCAGUCCUGGAAGACCGACAAGGAACCCAUGGGGAUCCUCACCAGCGAGCACCGCCGCACCUGGGGACAGGCCUACAACCGCCUGCUGAGAGAUAAACUGAACAGGGAAUCAGUGCGGGUGAUAGAGAAGGGACUUUUCAACUUGUGUCUGGAUUCUCCAGUCAUGAGGAUAUCAGAUGAGAAGUACGCCAGCCGUAAGGCAGCUCAGAUUCUACAUGGAGGCGGGACGUUUUCCAACAGCGGCAACCGCUGGUUCGAUAAAACUCUGCAGUUUGUGGUGGGUGAGGACGGCUCGUGGGGUCUUCUGUACGAACAAGCCACAGCUGAGGGUCCGCCCAUAGCAACACUGCUGCAUCAUAUCCUGGAGUACUGCGAGCUUCCAGACCCAAAGAGAGCGCCGUUGAUCCCUCUGCCGAUGCCCAAGAAGCUUUACUUCAACAUCGACCGAGAUAUCAAGAUCGACAUAGAACACGCCAAGCAGAACCUCGACAUACUGAUCAACGACCUCGACGUGAACGUGUUCAACUUCAAGAAGUUCGGCAAAGAGCUUCCUAAGCAGUACAAGCUGAGUCCAAACUCCUUCAUCCAGGUCGCCCUGCAGCUGGCCUACUACAGAGUUCACAAUGAGGUCUGUCCCGCCUGUGACAUCGCCUCUCAGAGGAUGUUUCGAGGAGGACGGACAGAGUUCAUCCGCUCGCCCUCAAUCCAGACGCUCAAAUUCAUACGUACCUAUGACGAUCCAAAAGUUUCGCGUGAAGCAAAGGUGCAGCUGUUCAGAGAAGCUGUCGACGCGUACACAGCUCUGACAAAUCAGGCACUCAAAGGACACGGCAUCGACCGCCACCUGUUGGGACUGAAGCUGCAGGCCAUCGAGGAGGGACUGGACAUUCCCAAAAUCUUCAUGGACACAGCUUACGGGCUUGCGACACACUGGAAACUCCGGACAGGGCAGGUUCCUGCAAACACAGACAGCGUGAUGUGUUUCGGGCCCCUCGUUCCUGACGGUUACGCCAUAUGUUACAACCCGCAGGCGGACCACGUCCACUUCUCCAUCACUGCUUUCAACUGCUGCGAGGAGACACAUGCAGAAACGUUAGCAGUCACCCUGAGAGACACCUUGUGUCAGCUACAGGAACUACUGCAGCCUACCGUGUAGCGCUGCUUCUGUAUGUCCAAUGAGCUCAUCCUUCGCUUCUACGCCAGGAUAAAUAUCUUGUAGAAGUCUUGAUGAGGCUUGUUUUCGACAUGUAUGCCACUUGUAACGCUUCACUACAGCAGCUGAUUCUGAGCAUUAAUGACUGAACUCAGGGGCUCUGAGGUGCUUAUGAUGCUUUUUUGUGCUCCUUUUUAUAGCAAAAGCUGAAGUUGCAUAUAGUUGCUACGGGGGACGCGUCUCACUGCGUCUCUGGGUGAGAAGAAAAGAAAAAGUUGAAGCCCACCUGACACUCCAGCAUUAAUCAGAACAAGCCUGAGCGUAUGUGUGCUUAAACAGACUGCACUCCUUUUACCAGUCAUGAGAUGAUGAGUAGUCACCAGAGUUAGAUGAUAAAAUGUUAAUGGAGACAUUUUAUUUUGUAGGUCAACAGGGUUUUGAGUUUGAAUAGGACCAAAAGCCAGAAAGCUGGUUGUCAUUGGUGACGGUGCAAAGAAGCAACAGGUGUUUUUGUUGCUGUAAUGAAUGUGCUGCAGCCCCCGCCCCACAGAGGGGUGUGUUUGCUUUCGACUUGCAGGACUGGUUAAUAAAACCUGUCAUCACACGAGCCCUCGUUUAUAUGCUGUGUGUGUGUACAUGUGUGCGUGUAUGUGUGUGUGUGUGUGUGUGUGUGUGGGAUAGUAUGAGUGCCUGACAAUGAUUGAGGUGGAGAACGAAUUCCUCAGAGUUGUGUUUGUUUAGCUUUAACUAGUGUGUUGAAUAUAUGGCAGUCAUGCAGAAAAUCAACUCUGCAGAAAAAACACAAGACGUCAUGCUCACAGUGAUCUUCAGGACACCAGCAGGGCAAACCAAGCAACUGCACCAAAGGCCACAUUAUUCACUGUGUGUCACUUUGUUUGUGGUAAUCUAAUAAAUUAUCCCAUAAAGAGGCUAUCUGUGAGUUAGCCUUUUCUUUUCAUUAUGAUUUCAUUCAGCUAAUGUGUCCUUUAUGAGCUAUAAUAAAUUGAUUUGAGAGAAAACUGUUCAGAAAAAGUUAAUUAUUUAGCUUUGGUUUGAUUUUUGCCUGUGAUAUAGUGAUUGUGCACGUUCUUGAAUCACAUAUUUCUAAGGUAUAAUCAUUUUUAUACAAUAAAACGUCAUAAAUCA